AUGGUGGGGGUGACGGUGAUGAGGAUGUGGAUUGAGCCAGUGGUCGCGGGUUCCCAAGUAGCCAGCGCCUUCUAUGACACGGCACUGCUGCUGGUGGUGAAGAACUACUACAACCAGACCAACACCACUGCUCCUUCCCAUGCACUGGAAGAUGCUCAGCAGAAAGCUGUCUCUAAUUUUUAUAUAAUCUACAACCUAGUCCUGGGCCUGAGCCCACUGGUGUCAGCCUAUGGCUUAUCCAAGCUGGGGGACAGGAUGCAUAGGAAGAUACCCAUCUGCUUCCCUCUUCUUGGCUACUUGGGCUCCAAAACUCUCCUGCUCCUCCUGAUGCUGCUGGGCUGGCCCAUCGAGGUGAUGUAUGGGGCUGCUGCUGUCAAUGGGCUGACAGGCGGUUUCACCACGCUCUGGGCAGGCGUCAUGGCUCUGGCAUCCCUGGGGUCCUCUGAGAGCAGGAGGUCUCUGCGGCUCAUCAUUAUUGAGCUGGUGUAUGGCCUCGCUGGCUUUCUAGGAAGCAUGGCAUCUGGCUACCUCUUUGUCGGCUUCAGUGACCACUAUCAAGAGGGCACUGUGCUGGUGGGCUGCAGCAUCGCUUGCUAUGCUUUCUGUCUCCUCUACAGCAUUUUUGUCCUGACAGUCCCCAGGCCAGCUGCUUUCUGCCCAGCCAAAGCCAAGAGUGCAGAGGAGGUGGGCAGCCAGCUACCAGCCCACACAGGAACAGGAGCAGCAGCGGCAGCAAGUUCCCAACCUUCGGAGAGCAGCAGCUCCACUCCAGUAUCCCCCUCAAAACUACUCAUCAUCAUGCUGUUUGCGGCAGCAAUCCUCUAUGACCUUGCCGUCGUUGGUGCAAUGAACGUACUCCCACUCUUCUUGCUUAGGGAGCCUUUAAGUUGGAAUGCUGUGGAGAUUGGCCAUGGCAAUGCUGCUGGGUACGUGAUCUUCAUCACCAGCUUCCUAGGGGUAUUUGUGUUCUCCCAGUACCUGAGGGACAUUACCAUGAUCAUGAUUGGAGUGGCAUCCUUCAGCGCUGGCAUCCUCAUUAUGGCCUUCGUGCAGUGGACGUUCCUGUUCUACAUCGCACGGGCAGUGAUGCUGUUUGCCCUCAUCCCCUUACCAACCAUCAGGUCCAUGUUAUCCAAGCAUGUUGAAGGAUCAUCCUAUGGUAAGGUGUUUGUCCUGCUCCAGUUGUCUUUAGUCACCACGGGAGUAGUCACAUCUACAGUCUAUAACAAGAUCUAUCAAAACACACUGAACUGGUACAGUGGCUUCUGUUUCAUUUUGUCUUUUCUAGUCAGCUGCCUGAGUCUCCUCCCUUUAAGCAUUGUGGCCAUCAAACAACGUUCAACCACUGGCUCCCUUCAGAUUCUGACUGAGUGA